CACAGUUGGCUGAGUUGAAGAGCAUGGUGGAAAAGCUAUGUAACUCAAAUAUAACUUCAACAAAAGCACUGUAUGAAGGUCUAACAGAGAAUAGAAAUCAAGUGAGACUGAAUGCUGAGGCGAGAGCACAAGAUAAAAAGGAAGUACUGGAGCUGUUGAGUGCCCUGGAUAAAAAGCACAACGAGAAAAUUGGAGAAGUAAUGAGAACCUUCGAUAAUUAUCGCAAUACUGUCGAAUCAUCAAUCAAGCACAAGGGGCCAAGGUGUUUUGUGCGUCAGGCAUAUGGACACAAGGGACCAGACUGUCCCAAUAAAGGGAAAGGAUACUUGUGCUACAAGUGCAACCAGUUUGGGAAUCACAAGGCGAGAGAUUGCCCAAACAGAACUCACAAUGACUAUGCACCAAGUGGUUCAGGAUACUCUAAGCAGACUCCAAGGAAAUAACUAAAUUAGCGAGACCUUUUAGAGAGAUGAAAUUGGCGAGACCUUUCUUGGAGAGAUAAUACCGGCGAGAUGGAAAAACUAAUGAGAUUAAACUGACGAAAUUACCUGGCGAGAAUACUCAGGCGAGAUGAAGUUACCAAAUAAGAAACUUUGUGAUAAACGAGAACAAAUUAUUAGGAGGGAAAAAGACUGGAGAGGAAUCAAGGAUACUGUCUAUGGCGGGAGGGAGUGUUGAAAGUGGCGCCCUACGCCAG